UGCUUCCUGAAACGCAGAAAAAAAAAAAAAAAAAAGUCUGUUAAUCUCAUUAUACUACAGAUGCAGUUGAUUAUUAAACAUACUUAUUAGCAACCUGUUUUUGGAUCUUUUUUUAAUGUUUUAUAUUUGCUCAGUUUUGAAUUUAGUACUCAUAUUUGUGUUGCUUUUUAGUGUUGCCAUGGUGACCUCCACAGGAAGAACAAAUUGCGCUGCAGCGUGGUAAGUAACUGGACUUUCUGAAUUGCCGCAGCGCCAUCAGAGACACCAAUACACUCCUACCUAGCCUACAAAUUCACAGGAACUGAAAGCAGGCACUGGUAUCAGAAGAUGCAGGCCAGGGAACGGAUGCGCAAACAUAAAUUCACAGAAGCAGAGUUGGAUGUUUUAAUCGAAGAAGUGACUCAAAAAGAAGACGUUUUGUUUGGUUUGCAAGGGAACUGUAUGACAACCUAUGAGAAAAAUAAGAUAUGGGUUGAAAUAGCACACAGACUCCAUGCCACGUCUGGUAUGCAUCGCACUGUAAGUGAAAUAAAAAGAAGGUGGCAAGACCUUAAACGCAGGACAAAGCAGAAGGUUGAAGAUGCAAGAUUUCACGUCUCAACUACCAGCCCGUCUUCUCUCUUGUAUUUGACUGCGAUGGAGCAGAGAGUCUAUGACUCCUUGAAUAUCCAGACAGUUGUAAAAGAGGAAGAACAAGACAUUCCUCGGUCAUCUCCACACGAAGUUUAUCGAUACCUCUCUAGGGCCAGUUUCAGCCUCAACGACAUGGCUGAGAAACCCAGUCCAUACUCUCACCACUCUCUGUGUGAAGAAGUGUCUCCUCCCAAAGACACCUUUCCAAUUAUAAUCACAGGCUCUGAAAAAAGUGAGGAAUCUCCUUUACCACAACCAUCGAUUCUACAGACUCAACAAUGUGUGGAAUCUACACAAGCACCUGUACUUCUAAAACCACAUAUGUACACAGAGCAGUACACAGAACAGUCUACCAGCAUGCCUUUUACAAACCAUGAAACUCAUGUUGUGAACCAAGAGUGUGACAAUAUCCAGUCUCAAAGCCCUGAGGAGCCACUGGGCUGUCUUCCCCACACAGAAGAAGCACUUCCUACCUGUGAAACCCAGCAAGCCUCUUUUCCUGGACUGCGCAACCCUCGGAGGAUCCAGAACAGUCCCAACAGGAUCGUGUCAGUCGGGCACUUUGAGCAGCAGCUGCUGAGGGCUCACCGGGAGCACACUGCUGUCGUCAAGGAGGGCUUCAGAGCCCUGACCAGGCAGAACAGACUGAUUUACAGGGAAAUGUGCGAAACCAACAAGAACAUUGCGCGCAUCGCAUCCCGCCUAGCGGAGAAAAACGAAAGUGUGUCAGAUUUAGCCGAAGAGUUAGCGGGGAUCCACCACAAGAUAACGGAGAGCAUCGACACAACUAACUGCCUUCAGGACAGGGUGAUAGAUUUGUUGGCUUCGCAGCAGGAGCGAUCAGUCAUCGUUGUGCCAAGUGCUGUGAAAGGCACCGCUUUACCCUCCUCUUCAUCUGCAGAGGUGCCGGCCACAGCUGUACUUAAACAUGAAAUAGACUGACUGCCAAAUGCAAUAGACAAAGACAUGUAUAAUGUGUGUUUUACAUAAUAUUUGAUGUACUACUGUACUAUACUGUACUCAUUUGUUGUAAAUCGCAUAAUAGCAUUACUGACAUUGAUAGAUUUUACUAAGCUUUUGAUCCAAUUCAAUGACUGACCCAUUUUUUUCUAAAGUGAAAAUAGCAGUACUAGAUUUAUAAUGUAAUGUUUCCAUGGCUAUCCUUACACUGCCUAUAAAUAAGUACCCCAAAACUGUAACAGAGAUUGCAAUUAUAACUAAAAUUGUUACUUGGUGCUGUACCUCUAGGGGCAGUGAUGCCAGGAGGGGUCACCAGAGGGAGAGAUAUAUGUUUGGCACUUAUUCAGUGUUUUGAUUGACAAGUGUUUAAGUUCAGAAAUUCAUAUUAUAUCGUAUUUAUUUGUAUUUUUGUAUAGCUAUUGUAAGAUAAUUAGCGGAGAACACAAGUUGGAUGGAGGUGCAACUAUUAGUCUAUUAAUUGAUUUAUUGAUAACCAUGGCUUUUAUUUUGCAUAUUUGGAGGCUCACGUAGU